AUGGUGACGUUUUGCCACAUGCGGGGCGUCCGCGUGGUCGUCGAGCAGCCCUUGAACUCGACUAUCUACCGCACGGCCGAGCUCUCCGAGGCCCUGCUGAUGGCCUGCGCGAAGCGCAUCAUCACGAACCUCGGAGCCUUCGGCGCGAUCAGCGUGAAGCCGAUCGAGAUCUGGACUACGCUGAGUCCUCAUGCUUUGCUUCCCCUUGUUCGCCGCAGGACGCAGGCCUUCAAACGGCUCGGCACCUAUUCAGAGCUCUGCCCCGCUAAACGAGUCAAGAAGACUCAGGGCUCCAAGCCGAAGAAAUACGGCUGGUCUCGGUCUGCCACGAGGACCAACCCGAAAGGCGACAGCUCGGGCCAACGGAAGGGCACGGUUUCAGGCGAGGACCAGGGGAAGGGGUGCACCAAGGGCUCGGGCGUGGACCUGGGCUCGGUUUCAGGCGAGGACCAGGGCAAGGGGUGCACCAAGGGCUCGGGCGUGGACCUGGGCAAGGACCUGGGCUCGGAGAAGGGCGAGAACAAGGGCUCAGAGAAGGGCUUGGAGAGGGGGAAGGGCUCGGACGACGUUGUUGGAACCUUGCCCCCUCCGACUCCGACCGACGACUCGGGCAAGGGCAGCAACCAGGCCUCGGGCAAGGGCCAGCAGAAGGGCAACGCGGCGCUGGACAAGGACGCGGGCAAGGGGAACAAGGGCGGCAAGGGCGGCAAGGCCCCUCGCAGGGGCCCGGGCUCGGAUCCGGCGAUGACUUUGCAGUGCAGCGUGCAAGCGAUCCUCGACAACUGCAGCAGAGCCCAGGCCACCAACAUGCUCCGCAAAAGCAUCACAGACUACAACACCAUGAAUGCGGAGGUCACGUCCCUGAGGGCACGCACAACCACCCUGGAGCUGCAGCUGUGGAUGAUGAUGAAGUCAUUCUACAAUCGAGAUGUUCUCAACAUUGCGCAGGACCCCCCCGUCGACGCGCGCGACGUGGCUCGCAACGCUUGCAACUCGUCGCCCCCGAUCCUCGAAUACACGCGCAUGCACGCGGACUUGCAGGGCGCGGGCGACAAGGGCGGCAAGGGCGGCAAGGUCAAGGGCAAGUACUCCGGCAAGGCAGACGUCGUCUGGCUCGCGGAUGCAGUCGCCUGCCCGCGAGCGGGCCGCGCGUUCGCGGCGGGCGAGCUGGUCGAGCGGAGCGCCUGCGUCGCACUGCUCUCCGUCACCCUCGAAGGCUGCUUCCUGCAGGACUACUGCUUCGAGCUUGGGCGCCCUUCGCCACGCGGUACGGCCUACGCCGCGGCCCUCGCAGAGCUGGCGGCGCGCUGCCCGUCCUGCGCGGCCGCUGGCCCCGCGGCGGCCCGCAGGGUGCCGCUGGCGCGCCGGCGGGGGUCGGCCGUGGAGGCGGCCGCGUCUCGCGUGCACGGCCUGGGCGUGCUGGCGGCGCGGGACGUGGCGGCGGGCGAGGCGCUGGAGGUGGCGCCCGUAUUGCCCGUGGCCCUCGACGGGAUCUCCCGCUCGCCGCUGCGCGAGUAUGCCAUCCACCCCCCCGGCGGAGACGACGCGCCCCUCGCCGCAGCGGGCGUCGUGCUGCUGCCCUUGGGGACCCUGGGGUUGUUCAACCAUGCCGCGGGCUCUUCGGGGGCGGGCCAUCGCGGUGCGGCAAUACCGCGGGCACCCUUGGCUGCUCGAGUGCGUCAGCCUCGAGGCUCAGGCGGCGGGCUCCGAGCUCCUCGUGGGCUACGGGGCCGCGUACUGGGAGCUGCCCUGGCGCCGGCUCUCGGGCGCGGGCCAGCCGUAGCCGCGCACCGGGGGCGCAUUCCGUUGCUCUCCUCCCCUCCUGCCUGUCCCGACCGUUGAGAGCAGCCAGAGGUCCCUCCGCGGGCUGUCUGGCGCCACCCCAGCGAGCCUUGCCGCGCUGACCCUUGACGUGUCUCUCCAGGGCCCAGACACCCGACGAUCUGGUAUUUCAAUGUGCGGCCCAAUCCAAUGAAAAAUACCUGCAUUGAAAACACAUGUGGCCCGAGAUCUGGGCCUCAGGCCACCGCCGUGCCGCUGCAAGGCGCGCGGCAGCCUACCCUGUCGACGGCUGCAAUCGCAGCAACAGCGCCCGCGCGUUCUCCCGAUGAAGGGAGACUGAGGGUAGCUAGGCGUGCCGGUCCGCCACCAUGGCGGCGUCCUCCUCGCUGGCGUCAGCCACCCGCUUGGCCACGAUCGCAAAACAGAUGUCGCCGGGCCAGUGCCAGCGCUCCUUGUCGGCAGCACCGCUCCCAGGCGCCGGGCCUCAGCGCCCGCAGUGCCUCCUCCCCGGUUGUGGGCAGCCGGGCGGAGCUGCCGCGGCAACGCGCCUCUGGCCGCGCGCGCGCCAGGGUGAGGACGCCAGCGAGAUCCGCAAGAGCUUCGGCACAUAGAGGGGUGGCGACACUUCGCCAGCUCGGCUGACAAGCGAAGGCGACUCGCUGCGUCGCGGUACGAAGCCCACGCGACAAUCGAGGGCUGUACACGAGACUGGCCAAGUAGUGGGGCAGCCAUCCGAGGUUUCUUUUCGCAGCCGCGCCCCCUGCCAGUCGGCAGGGUCCGUCAUUCGACAGGCCCCCCAGCA